AUGGAAAUUUCAAAGAAGAGUAUUAAGUCAUCUAUUUCAAGAAAGAAAUUUCAGCGACUUUAUAUGCAUUCACUUUGGAUACCAAGUUUUUCAUUAGUGAAAAAUAUUGCUAGUUAUGUAUAUAAUAUGAUAAAUAACCGUAGAGCAGACAUUGAAGUCGGAAAUGAUGUGUUAACUUUGUUUAUUGAUGCUGUUGACAAGGAUGGGGAGAAACUUAAUGAUAAAGAAUUAAGAGAUGUCAUUAUGAAUCUCAUUAUUGCUGGUCGGGAUACUACAGCACAAGCGCUAUCUUGGAUGGUGUAUUCUAUAAUGGCAAAUCCAUCCGUUGAAGAUUCUUUACUAAAAGAAAUUAAUUCUAUUCUUUCUCCAAACACUCCAAUUCCAUCAUAUAACGAUAUCAAACGAUUUAAAUAUACAAACGCAACAUUUUAUGAAACUUUGCGAUUAUAUCCUAGCGUUCCAAAAAAUGGCAAGGUUUGUGUUAAAGAUAACAUCCUGCCAAAUGGUGUCCCUGUAUAUGCCAACGAAUUUGUGGUAUUUUUUCCUUGGGCAAUGGGAAGAGAUAAAAAAAUGUGGGGUGAAGAUGCAGAAGUCUUUAAACCUCAAAGAUUUUUAAGUUCUGAAGAAAUGUCGAAACCAAACCCAUUUAAGUUUAUUGCGUUUCAUGCUGGACCUAGAACCUGUUUGGGGCAACAAUUCGCAACUGUUGAAGUAAUAAUUCUUGUAACGAUGAUGCUAAGAGAAUUUAAAUUUGAAUUAGUUCCUGGCCAAAAAUCUCCACCGGAAUUUCAAAAGUCUAUCACAUUGCCUAUGAAAGAACCGUUAAUGGCUAAA